UUUUAUCCCUAUAGGUAUACUUAAUAAGUUAAUAUCAUAUCCUUUUUUCUUUAAUGUUGACAGCUCUUUUGUUAGGGUUUUAGUUCUUAAGAGUUUAGACUGCAUAUUUUCUUCUCAACACCAAUUUUGGAAGGCUGAAAAAGGUCUGAUGUUAGCAACCGGAACGGUGCCGCCGGCGAUCUGAUUCUCGUUUCCAAACCUUACUGUUGCGAACGUUUCGAAACGCCGUUCGGUGCAACGCUUGGCGUUUCAGGUUUGGUGCAGAAUCUAGGGGAUGCCUCGAAAACCACGACGAAGUGGCCUGUUAGUGCCUCGACCUUUUGCAUUUUCUCCAUUUGCUCGUUCAGUUGCUAGAGCGGCAAUUGCUUGCUCAUCAAAGCGCUUUGUUUCCAAUUCGAAAUCAGACAGAACGCCUCCUUCAAAAUUAUCAGCCAGUGGUUCUAGAAAGCACAGUUUGAGAGAUAAAGCUCAAAAAUCUGACUCUUGCGAAGAAGAAGCUUCUGAAGAAGUUAUUCAGGCAGAUUUUGUCUUCUUUGAUCCAAAGCCUGAUGAUUUUCAUGGAGUGAAGAUAUUGCUGCAGAGCUAUCUCGAUGAUAAAGAAUGGGACUUGAGUAGUUUUGUAGAGUUAAUAUUAGCCCAAACAACAGUUGGCUCUGUGGUUAAGAUCGAAGAUGAUGAGGAUGACGGAUUGUUUGGGCUUGUAACAGCUUUGAACUUGGGAAGAUAUAAGGGAAAUAAGUGUAUCAUUGAACUUAAAAACUACUUGCUUAAAGUAUGCCAGCAAAAGAGUUUGAUUGGUCUGCUAAAAGGAAUUCUGGACGACCAAGCUGAGCAUGUUGGUCUACUGGUUUCCCAACGUGUCAUGAAUCUUCCUCCUCAACUAUUACCGCAUCUUUAUGAUGCCCUUUUUGAUGAAAUUUCAUGGGCUACAGAAGACGAGCCAACUGAAGAUCUCCGUAAAUCAUUUUGCUUCAAGCAUUACUUACUGGUCACUAGAAUAUACAAGAAGACUCAUCAAAUUAAGAAGGGAUUCACUACUAGCAACGACGAAGAUGUAAUCUAUAUAAAACCAGAAGAUGAACUUUUCCAUGAGCUUUGUUCAUGGUCCUUUACUUUCCUGCUGCACAGUCAGCCGCCAACAACUCAAGAGUUAAAAAAUCACCGGCUGAUGGGACUAGUGAUGGCUGUUGAGGCAGAAAAAGUACCAGGAUUCCGGCAGAAAUUACAUUCUCUGAUAGAAGAUUCCUAAACCGGCUACUUUACAUCGUUAAAGCUUAGCUCUUGCCUGGGAAAGGUUAGCUAAGAUUGAGAUUAUUCAGGAAUACACAUUGAAUUGCUUAAGUUACGCAUUGAAUUUCUGCUACUAGAUCCAUAAUGAAAAAAAGUGCUGCGAUUGUUUUAGGAGAAUUGAGACAAUAGAUGGGGUAAGAGCUAGGACAAUUAUUUAGGACGUCUUCCCAAUUGUAGAUGCAGAGAUGUAUAAUAGAUCAAUAUGAACACCAUGAGCAUAUAUUUUUUAUACUGCUUCAAAUGAAAAUUUGAUCUUUAUUUUGGAUCUUACAUCCAAAAUCGAGCAUAGUAAACCUAUACUUUGGAAUGCGCACUAUCAUAUGAAUGCAAAAUGUAUUGUAUCCUAUCACAGCUCAUUGUUAUGAAAUAUGAAAUAUAAAUUUUUGGACUAGUAAUCUUUAACUUUAUUUUUGUUAAUUGAUCAUAGGACUUGGUAGUCUUUGUUUCUCAAAGAGUGUAUAUCUUUAUUAUAUAUGGAUUCAUUUUGUUUAAUUAGCCUAUCUUUUCUGUUAUUGGCAUUACCAGUUUGUACUUAAGAGGGUUAAUGCCGUCUAUGGAGCCGAUGUUUGACAUGGUGUGGAGGAUAGCUCUAAGCUAAGGAUCCUGAGCUGAAAUUGAGGUGUGCACCCCUAAAAAAGCUGUCUUACGGAGCUUUGGUGCUGGCCGGGUAUUCCCAGCUUCAAAAAGCUCUUUGUUGUCCGUAGCAAUGAUAAGAUUGUGUAUAUUUGAUCCCAACAAAGUGUGAUAUUUGCUUAAUGAAAUGGUAUUGUUGCUUUUAUUUCAGUUUGUUUGUCGGAUUUUGACUAAAAAGAUUUCACUGUUUUAGUUAAAGUAUGACAAAUAAACUGGAAUAGAAAGAGUAACAAUUAACAUUGUAGCAACAUUUUAAGAUAAGAGGUGGCAAAAAUAAAUCUGGGUCCUUUUAAGACCAAUCUGAACUGAUAAAGCGUACAAUUACAUUCAACCAACUAAAAAGAUUACAAUCGAUAAAAAACCAGACAAAAAAUAUCACAACUCUUCUAAUAGAGGUUACCAUUAAUAUCAUAGUUUUCAAGACAAUAAUCUUUUUAUUAAAGGAUAUGUAGGUGGAGGGAAGCGGAGGAUUAGGUAAGAAAUAAAUCAAAAACCUUACGUGAAGAAAGAAGUAUUUGCUCCGACUGAGAUAAGAUCUGAAUCUCCCAAGACACAAUUGUUGAUUCUCGAGUGCAAGGUCAAUAAGCACAUAGAAGGCUAUGCCAAUCCUUACCAGGACCUCCAUAAUAAAACUCAGGUUCAGCAUACUGAUCUUUACGUAAGUAGAUAGGGUAGCAUCUGUGAUCAUCUGAAUAAGUAUAAGCAGAUUCUGGUUGCUUAAGAUCCAUGGAGUUUUCCUGAAUACGCAUCCUUUUAAACCAACCAGUUGAAUUUGGUUGAAUAACCAAAGGUAAAUCUCCACUUCCCAUCUCAGUCUUUGUAUGACCAGGAUGCCCAAGUCUUGUACUGUAGAUUUCACCUCCCCAUUGAAUUACUUCUACUGUUGAUCUUAAUGCCUUGAACAAUUCUGCUGGCCAGUAACCUAUACUUAUGUUUCCUUGGUAUCUUAGCCACCAAUUCUUCGAGAUUGGAUCCUACAUUCAACCAUAUCUUACAAGUUAUACAAAUGAUGAAUUAUAAGCAUGAGGUAAAUACAUAUUCUGAUAAAAUUACAAUCACAUGCACUUUUUAUUUAUAUGAAGUUGCCUAUUAUGUUUGCCAUUAUGGGUCAAUCUCAAAUAACCUCUUUAUUAUCUAUGUAUGAUGGGUAUUUGAAGGUUAAAGUUGAGUCUGGAUCAGAUGAUUAUCUAGACUCUAAUUUAAGGGUCUAGAAAACUAAUGCCUAUGGGUAAGGGGAUUUUAGGGGUAUAAGAAUAUUAAAAAUAAAAUAUAGUCUAUGAUCUAGAACCUUAGGAUAUAGUCUUGAUAUAUAUAGAUGCUGAUAUCCACCAUUCUGGUAUUAAGCAAUAAUAAUAGAUUGCUCAUUAGUAAUAAAGUUUGUUUGUUAGCAUAACAAACUCAGUAUUAAAUUUGUUAUAGGAAUAUUGUUUUCUUGUAAAAAGUGGUUAUUCCUUUUGUAUAGCUCAUCCCUUUGUAUUGCAUAUAGUACUUGUAUAUAAUGAGGUGUUAGCUCCUCAUUCUGUAAUAAUGAAGAAUAUCAAUUAAUAUCUUCUUUCUUCUCAUUUGCUUCUGUUUCUUCAAUCUACGUUCUUCACUGAAGAAAUUGUUAUUUCAUCAUUUGUAACAAUAGAAAAUAACAAUUACAUGUAAAUUUUAAUAAAGGGUCCAAGAGUCAAAUUCGAAUAGACUUAGACUCGUGCCCUUAUAUUUUCUAUAGAACCUGAACCCGAACUUGGAAAAUAUACCCUAACCUUUAAAAAUAUUAUAGAGUCCAACAAAGUUUGGAUAGGGUCAAGCUCAAGUAAAAAGUUUAUUUUCUUUACUAACCCUUACAAUGUGUAGAGUCAUGAUCCAUGGAAGACCACCAGGAACUGGGAUUGAUUUAAUUACACCACCAAGAGCUAUCUCAUUGCUUGUUUGUACAAAUCCAGGGCACAUGAGAUCAAAGCAACCUGUUGUGCUAGAACCAUCUACCUAUUACAAAAACAGAACCUUCAUAAGCGAACACCCAGUAGGCCAAUACAAUAAAAUGAACAACUUGAUGUAGCAGCUAGUAAAUUGUUCCAAGGCUUACAGUCCAAUAGGCAUAUAUACGAGUUUCUCGAUCUCCAUACACACUCGGAUUCACCUAAAAUCACAACCCGAUGAGGUAUAAUUACAAGUCACAAUAUUGAAAAUAACUUCUGACAUGUUGAAAUUAUGAUACAAACCAUCCAUCCAGACUCGACACACUCAUAGUUAUUGUAAGCCCCAUUUUCUAGAAUGAUUCGGGAAGUACUAUACUCAUCAUCAUGUUCAACGUAAGGGUUCCAUACUUUAAUGUCCGCUUUGGCGCCAUGGUAGUUGAAUCCUUCGGUCAUCAUGAUCGCAAACUGUUAAAACAAAAUAGCAAAUGUCAAGAUAUUGCACAAAACAAGCUUAUUAGCCAAUAUUUUUAUCUAUUGUGUUGUUAAUAUUUUCAUUUGAUCAAACCAGCCGAUCAUUCUGGCUGGCUAACCCAGCUAAUAGCUUUAGCUAAGAACCAUUGCCAAAUAGAUCUAAUGUGAUAUGUCAAGGAACCAACUCUCUGAUGGUUGACUUAAGGCUCGAGGAUAUGUUAUAUACUCUAACACGCCCCCUCAUACGAGAAUCUUUUGGACUAGAAGUGUGGAUGCAACACAAACACUCCUUAUACCUUGCGCCAAAUAUUUCACUUUAAUUUAGGGAUGGUUAAGAUUCGAACUCGUGACCUCUUGUCAUGCUAGCUCUGAUACCAUGUCAAGAAAUUAGCUUAACCAAAAGCUUAAGCUGAUGGUUGAGGCCUCAAGUUAUGUUAUAUACUAAAACGACGGGUUUAUACCGCAUGGUUUGCUUGAAGAUAGUUGGAUGUUUUUAACUCAUAUUGAAUGCUAGGCCGAUUCUUUCUACCGUAUUUGGCUGCAAGAUUGCAAUCGAGAACAUCAGUUUGACAGUUUCUCCGAACAGGAAUUGUUCCGAUAGGACAGCUUCCAUUCUUUCUCCAUAACUGGUGAGUAUGAAUCAUGCUACACUUUUCUUUUGUUAUUGCAGCUUCAGGCUUCAUUGUCAUAACAGAGCUUGGAGCAAUCUGGAUAACAAAAAUCAUUCUUAAUUAGACACUGAAGCUAUGCAGUUUUGCACACAUAACCAGAAAAAUUAAUGCAUGGACCUGAAUUAUGUGGUUUCUUAGAGCAGGAUGAUUAAAAGCUGGUUGCUUAUAAAUGUCAAUGCAGUCCAUUAUGUCACCAUCUUCACUCUU